AUGACAACAACCUCGUUCAAACACGCUCUCUCUCAGGCCUAUGAAUUCUUCUCUUUCUGCUUCUAUGGAUUGUAUUUGCUCGUGUGUGAGUUGGAGCUUCUCACCAAAUUCAAAUCCAUGAUUCCGUUUGUGGGAGAAAAGGCUAAACCUCUCAUUACCACACUCAAUGAGAUGAUUAGUGGAAAGAUUGAAUUAGUGAAACCCACCUCCGAUCAAUAUUAUGUAGUCACUGGAGCCAACUCGGGAAUUGGAUUUGAAACAGCAAAAACAUUGGCUUGUGAGUUUGGAUUCAAUGUUAUUUUGGCAUGCCGUUCCGAAGAGAGAGGUAAUGAAGCAAGAGAAAAGAUUCAACGAGAACUCGAUAAGAAAAAUUCAAAGGUUUCUCUCAAAUUUAUGAAAUUAGAUUUAUGCUCAUUGGAUAGCGUGAAAUCUUUUGCUGACAAAUUAAAUCAACAAUUCAAGGUGAAAUGUCUUAUGAAUAAUGCUGGCGUGAUGAUUCCUCCUUAUGAGCUCACAAAGGAGGGUCAUGAACUUCAAUUUGGAUGCAAUUAUUUGGCACAUGUUUUGUUGACCUUAUUGUUGAAAAACAAUUUAGUUGAGAAUGGACCUGACAGUAGAAUUGUUUUUGUUUCUUCUGAAGCUCAUCAUCCAGGAACAAUUCAUUUUGAGGACCCUGAUUCUAAGAAGAGAAGAUACAAUCCAUUCGAUGGAUAUACUCAAUCCAAGAUGGCUCAAAUAAUGUUCACUUAUCAUUUUGAUAAGUUACUGAAAAAGGAGGGAUUGGCCGACCGUGUGAGUGUGAAUUCUAUUCAUCCAGGAAUUGUCGCAACAAAUAUUGGAACUCACUUGUGGUUCCCUUUCAAUCAUGUCUUUAAUUUUGGAAUUAAGCUCCUUGCUCUGACACCCAUUGAAGGAGCAGUUAAUCAAAUUUACGUUGCAUGUGCAAAGGAGUUGGAAAGAAUCUCUGGCAAAUAUUUUGUUCAUUGCAAGCCAUCAAGGAGUAAUGCAGAGAGUUAUGAUCCAGAGAAAAUGACCAAGCUCUACGAAAUGUCUCUUGAAAUUCUCAAACCAUGGUUGUAA